AUGACGCAUACAAUCUUAAGAUGGUUUGGGAUUUACAUAACUCUUGUUGAACCUUGGGCACAAUUGCUUAGGCAGAGAGUUUUUAGAAAGCAGAAAAUCAUCAAGCAUCACAUAUUUUCUUCCAUUUGGUCCAGCAUUAAGUCGGAAAUACCGACUGUGGAGAACAACACCUCUUGCCCGCUGAAUAAUGAGGUGGUGGAUGCGGCUGUUAUCGUCGAUCAAACAGUCAGCAGUAUUAUAACUGAUGCUAAAUGGGAUUUUUCUAAAGCUGUCUCUUGCAUACCAACAGUGAUAAAGGAGAGAAUUUUUGGCUGCCAUAUUCCCUCCGAUCUUCGUCCUGAUUCGAGAGUUUGGGUGCACUCUGCUAAUGGGGAGUUCUCUUCUAAAAUAGCUUAUGAGUUUAAGAGACCAAAAGGGAUGCUUAAGGAGUGGUGGCAGUGGCUUUGGUCAAAAUCAAUCACACCUUCGAAGUCAUGCUUUGUUUGGAAGCUCUUACAUAAUAAACUUUGGAAUUGGUUAGGUUUAAAACUUAAUUUCUCCUACCCUAUUCUUUGUUGGAAUGAUGUUUGGAGUCUUUGCAAUAAUUUUGGGGCUGGUCAAUGCAAAUCUGUUGUUGGGGCAGUCGUGAUUUACGUCUUAAAUGUUACAUGGCUGGCUAGAAAUAAGAUUAGAUUCCAUAAUGCUAAGAUGAAUUUUUCUGCUGCCACUUCUUACAUUAUGGAAGUAGUUUCUUUGGCUGGUAGUGUUUCUUCGGUGACAAAAAAUUCGAAUAUGCAGGAUUUCAUCAUUCUCAAGAGUUUCAAAGUCACUAUCCGUCCACCUAAAGCUCCUGUUAUUAUUGAGGUUAUUUGGAAGCCGCCUCCAAGAAAUUAG